AUGAAUCCUCAUCACAUCUUAGCAGCAGCCUGGAGGUCUGAUCUCUACCCCCUAGCAGCAGCCUGGAGGUCUGAUCUCUACCCCCUAGCAGCAGCCUGGAGGUCUGAUCUCUACCCCCUAGCAGCAGCCUGGAGGUCUGAUCUCUACCCCCUAGCAGCAGCCUGGAGGUCUGAUCUCUACCCCCUAGCAGCAGCCUGGAGGUCUGAUCUCUACCCCCUAGCAGCAGCCUGGAGGUCUGAUCUCUACCCCCUAGCAGCAGUCUGGAGGUCUGAUCUCUACCCCCUAGCCUGGGGGUCUGAUCUCUACCCCCGAGCAGAGGCCUGGAGGUCUGAUCUCUACCCCCUAGCCUGGAGGUCUGAUCUCUACCCCCUAUCAGCAGCCUGGAGGUCUGAUCUCUACCCCCUAGCCUGGAGGUCUGAUCUCUACCCCCUAUCAGCAGCCUGGAGGUCUGAUCUCUACCCCCUAGCAGCAGCCUGGAGGUCUGAUCUCUACCCCCUAGCAGCAGCCUGGAGGUCUGAUCUCUACCCCCUAGCAGCAGCCUGGAGGUCUGAUCUCUACCCCCUAGCAGCAGCCUGGAGGUCUGAUCUCUACCCCCUAGCGGAGGUCUGAUCUCUACCCCCGAGCAGCAGCCUGGAGGUCUGAUCUCUACCCCCUAGCAGCAGCCUGGAGGUCUGAUCUCUACUGUCACUCUGCUGCAGGGAUGUAGCUCAGUUGGUAGAGCAUGGCGUUUGGUUCGAUUCCCACGGGGGGCCAGUAUGAAAAAUAAAUGAAAAAUAAAAAAGAAUGUAUGCACUCACUAACUGUAAGUCGCUCUGGAUGUGGCCGGUUAGUUACCCAGCUAGAAGGCUGAAGGCCUGAUCCCCAACCCUCCCUCCUGUCAGUGUAUUUGUGCUGGGUAUCCUGCUAGCCAUGUCCCCCCCCAGGGUUAACCAGCUUGAAGGCCUAAUCCCCAACCCUCCCUCCUGUCAGUGUGUUUGUGUGACCUCUGACCCUUGCAAGAGGAAACAGGAAGUGGCUGAGCGGUGUGUUAGAGGAGAUAACUGAGGUGCAUCCUCGCUGGGUGACUGACAGGGGGAUGGCAGGGAUGUUAUUCAGGGAUACAACACACUUCCUCCCCAGGUGCACUGUGCUAACCCCCACUACAAGCCCUCAGGCCUGGCCUAGUGCUAACCCCCACUACAACCCCUCAGGCCUGGCUGUGCUAACCCCCACUACAACCCCUCAGGCCUGGCCUAGUGCUAACCCCCACUACAACCCCUCAGGCCUGGCUGUGCUAACCCCCACUACAACCCCUCAGGCCUGGCCUAGUGCUAACCCCCACUACAACCCCUCAGGCCUGGCCUAG